AUGUCUAUGGAAGAGAGUAUUAGUUUGCAGGAGACCAACGAGAUUCGUAUAUCUCUUGGUCUGAAACCACUGACCGACGAUAAUGCACCAGCAGACGACAAGGAGAAGCAGGCGGAAGAUAAUUAUGCGAAGCAACGAGAGAAAGAGCUUCAGGAGCGGGAAACAAAAAAGAUUCAGGAGCGCAUAGCAAAAGUGAGAAACCGGCGCGAACUGAAUGCGAAGCUCAAGGGUACAACGCUUGGUGAUGCCGAUGGCGAUGUAGACGAUACCCUGAAAUGGAUCAAGAAGAGCAAGAAGAGGGAGAAGGAGCUUGCCAAGAAGCGCCAAGAGGAGCUCGAGAGUAUGGACAGAGCCUUCCAGGAAGAGUAUACCGAAAGGGAUCUCGCCGGCUUGAAGGUCAGCCAUGACUUCGAAGCCAUGGACGAAGGCGAAGCUCGCAUACUCACCCUGAAAGACAGCCGCAUAUUGGAUAAUGAAGAGGAUGAGCUGCAAAAUGUCGAGCUCGCGGAGGAUGAGCGAACGAAGAAGAACCAGGAGCUUAAGAUUAAGAAGCGAGAUUAUACCGGUUAUGACGAUGAAGAGUUCACUCCGGGUAAUGAGGGGAUGAACCGCAUUGUCCUGUCCAAAUAUGACGAAUUUCUAGAGGGCCCCAAAGAGACGGACUUCCGUUUGGGUGGCUCGUCAACCACAAGUGAAGUAAGACGAACAAAACGGGAAGGAGUCGCUGCUGCUGCUGUCAAGAAGUCAUUGUUGUCAAUAGACUAUGCUAAGAAUAUUGAGUCUGUGGACUACCUGAAGGAAGGUGACGUUGGCUUCAAGAAACUGAAGACGAAGAAGAAGCGGCCUUCACGCAGGGUGGUAGAGGAAUCCGACAUUGGUCCUGUCAAUGGUGACGACCACAUGCAGGUAGACGAGAAGCAGAUUGUCCCUCGACCGCGUAAUCUGGACACCAAUUUCGUAGAUGAUGACGAGCUUCAAGCAGCACUUGCACGUUCCCGGCGGGCGAAGCUGCAGAAAACGAAGAAGUUGUCGCCGGAGGAAGUAGCACGGAGGAUUGCUGAAGAACGUGAUAUGUCAGAAACAGCCAACGGUGCCGAGGUCAUCAGGAUAGAAGACGACGAGGACGCCGAUGGCGAUUCUGGUCUCACCUUCGAUGAUACGUCGGAGUUCGUUCGCGCGAUCACUUUCGAUCCUACAGUGGGAAGGGUGAAGCAGGAAGCACCCGCCGAGACCCGUGCGCCGAGCGAUCUCCCAAAGCCGCGUAUACCGUCGGAGGACGUGAAGAUGGCGGAGGGUGAUGAGGCCGUCGAAGAGCUGGAAGCAGGGGAAGUCGUCGUGAAGGAAGAGGCAGAGGAGGACGAGGCCAUGCUGAUCGCCAUCGAGAACGCAAUCAAGGAGACAGAGGCAAGAGAGCUGGAGACUGGGAAGGCGGAAGACGUGUCUGUGGGCACUUCAUCUGAACAGACCUUCAGCGCGGGUAUGGCAGCCACUCUGAAUAUCCUGCGAAACCAGGGAAUCCUCGCAGCUCCCAAUGCUGAUCAGAGCGAGCGGGAGAAGGUUCAAUUGCAGAGGGAUCUAUGGUUGGCUGAUCACCGCCAGCAGGUCGCCCAGCGAGAGCUGGAGCGUGCGCGGUUACGCGGAGGUAACAAGGACCAAGCGACCCGCGAGUACGAGAAUCGCGUCCGCGAACAACAGGAAGCGCGAGCUAACCUCGAGGCGUUCAAAAACUACAAGCCCGACGUCAACAUUGUGUAUUACGAUGAGUUUGGUCGGGAACUGACUCCGAAGGAGGCCUGGAAAGCGCUGUCUCAUAAAUUUCAUGGGAAGGGGUCCGGCAGGGCGAAGACGGAGAAGAGGCUGAAGAAGAUUGCAGAGGAGAAGAAGAAGGAGGCGAUGGCGAGUGGUGAUACUCCUUUGAGCAUGAAUCAGGCGUUCCAGAUCCGCCAGGAGAGAGCUGGCCAGGCACACUUCGUUCUCUCCGUCGGAAACAGAGGCGCCGUUCCCCAAGCGGCAGAAUUCUUCGAUGCGCAGCCCCUCUCCAAGGGCAAGACGGAGAAAAAGCACAAGAAGAAGAACGCGGAGAAGGCCGCUGCGCCGCAGGUCGACUCGACGGGCUUCAUCACGCUCCCCGCACCCACGCAGAACGGCAGCCCUGCGCCAAUGUCGCCCGCCAUUCUCUCUGGUGCUGCCACCACGAGCAACGGUUCGCCCGCCCCACGCCCGGGAUUCUCACGAAUCUCAGCGGCUGUAGACGUGGGCUCGUCUAAGGAGGGCACACCGGCCUCUGCUGAUCGGACGAAGGUCGUGAUUGGGUUGGGGAUGAAGCGGAAGGCUACCGGAGAGGCACAGGGCUCGCCACCGCCGAAGAAGCGGUGA